AUGGGUCUUCAAUCUGAGUUGGACGAUAUGCGACAAAGCUCGUUGAAAACAGUCAAUUCAGAGCUAGUCAAAAUCAUCAAAAAAGCUGGCGAUGAAUUCAAGUCAUCCUAUGACGCCACCCAAGUAAUACAGCCUGGUGCUCGUUUUCCGGAAUCCAUUUUACAAGAUGCAACCGGUCAUGCAGUCAGCCUCUCUGGUUUAAUUGCGAAUGGACCAGUCUUUUUUUCCUUUUAUCGCGGAAGCUGGUGCCCGUACUGCAACUUAGAGCUGCGGGCUCUGCAAAAAAUCCUGCCCGACUUCAAAGCCAAAAGUGUGCGUCUUGUGGCCGUCUCACCCGAGCUACCCGAUCAGUCGCUCACGACUUCUGAGAAAAACGGAUUGGAGUUCACUGUCCUCUCGGAUGUGCAGAAUGAUCUGGCUCGGAAACUAGGGAUUGUUUUCUCUCAGCCAGAUCAGAUGAGGACGGUUUUCAACGCUAUCCAAGUGGAUUGGGAUACGCGCUACGGGAACGACAACUUACAGGUACCGAUUCCGGCGAAUAUCCUGGUGGAUAAGUCAGGGUUGGUAAAGAACGUGUGGUUAGAUCCCUACUGGCAUAACCGCAUGGAGCCUUCAACUGCAUUGGAAUGGAUCAACCAACUAUAG